GAAACCGGAGACUAUCUCCAUAUAGUCCUCUAGUUGUCGAAGAACGUUUCUCCAGUGCGGUCAGUCGUGCUUCGCUUGUGCUUUGCGUGUUGAAUGUGUUUUAGUUGGAUGAUGUACUCCAUUUUCAAUUAACUAGCAAUCCAUCAAAGAACACCUCAUCAGCACUGAAAAUGUUGAAAUUCUAUUACUGUUCGAUCUUGUUGAUUUUGUCGACGGAAGCAGUCCACCACAUCGAGAAUUGGCAACCCGUCCUUCAUUCGGACCUUUACGAUGGAGGAGUCAAAACUAUCCAUACAUCACAUCCUGCAGGAUACGUGACACACACUAUCCACCAAUCAGGACCUUCUCUACACAACCCUUCGAAUGAUCAAUGCGGACUGUAUAAAGUCGGGUUCGUGCAGGACCUCUACUUUCAAUAUAUUCAAUACAAAACGCACAUACCCGAAAUGAAAGAGUUCACGUUAUGUUUCUGGAGCAAGUUCGCAAAUCAUAGCAACGAUCAUCCCAUAUUUUCCUAUGCGGUCGAUGGUCAGCCUAAGGCGAUAGUGUCAUGGAUUUCGAAUACGGAACGGUCCAGUUACUUUAGUUUAGCAAUCGAAGGACACACCUUCUAUAGACUUAACUAUCCCUUGCGACUCAAUAAGUGGUACCACACUUGCCAGAGCUGGAACGGCAAAACUGGAGAGUGGCAAAUCUGGGUAAACGCUGAACGAGUGGGCCGUGGCUUCCACAACAGGUUGGUAGGGCACAUAAUUCCAUCCGGAGGACUAGCCAUAACCGGACAGGCACAAACCCAAGUCGGCGGAGGCUUCCUCGAGGGUAAAGAUGCACCGAAAGGUUCUGGAGGAAUGCUUGGCGAAAUCACAAUGUUGCAAUUGUACAGUGUCGCUCUGACAGCCGGGAAAGCCCAUAGAGACCAUAAGCACCAUCAUGCUCACCAGUACGACCAUGAUGGUAAUCAAAUCACGACGCCACCUCCUCAAACCCCACGACCAAGAAAUGCCCUCCCCACCCACCCGUUACUCACGGGAGGCCAGAUCAACCCGAUGCUUAUGCUCAACUUUGCUGGUGGACAGCCUCAGCCGCAACCUCAACUAAUUCCUGGGCAAAACUACAAUGCGCAACUCCUCAACGGACAAUUCGUAAGCAAUUUAGUCAGCCAGCAGCUGUCCCAAGGAAGACUACCUCAAAAUCCUCAAACUCAACAACUCCAAUUCCUCACCCCUCAACCUCCCGUCCAACAAAUAGGUACACCGUUAAUCAACAGCGGUUUAGUCCACCCCUCCCUCGUCAAUCCGGCUAAUGUCCAAUUCAUCGACACCCCUCAGAUCGAGACUCACCAGUUAUUCAAGCGACAGAACGACGAGAAAAACGAAGGAGAAUUGAAAUUCGGCGAUAAAAUAGUCAAGAAAACGAAACGCCAAGCCGGAUCUGAGGAUAACGAUCAGAAAGAGAACAAACAUAAGAAACGAGAAUUGUAUUUAAGUGGGGGUACCAUUAUCGAGGAAGGCUUCACGUCGGGUAUCGACCAGAGCUUCUUAGACGGAUUAGCUGGAAUCGGAGAGAACAAACCAAUUUUGCAAGAACAAAAACAAAACGACGAGAGAGAACCCGCCGAAGCCGAAGUGAAAGCGGUGAUGAACGUGUGCAGUGGGUGCGACGAAGAACCCUUCGAAAAAGCGCUCGUUUUCGGCUGGAGGAACGUUCCGAAGAAACUAUAUUCGGGUGCCUUCUACACGCCUGCAGCGCCACAGUGCAAAGCUUUUUAAGUUUGUUUUUGUUCAAUUUCAUUCGUCGACUUUGUACAUAUGUCACGUCAUCUCUUCAUCGUCAUCGAGCUCCAGACUGCCUGUCUGAGGAUAUUGUUA